UUAGGUUCAUCAACGAAAAAUAUUGGCCCUGGCAGAUAGAUAUACCCACAGCAUUAUGAUACAAGUCUGGUUUCAUUCAUAAAUUGUAAAGUCAUUCAACAAUACAGUUCAUCGCAGAACAAGAUUUUCCCUGUCACAUUGAGAUACCGACAGCGAGCUGAGUCUAGUGAUCGAUGCAUAAAUUGUUUAGUCAUUCAACGAUACAAUGCCUCGCAAUUAUAUACGCAAAACUGUAAAAGAUGAACAUCAAGAGGAGAAACUAAAAAUUGCAAUCUGUGAAGUGUUGUCAGGAAGAUCCUCAAUAAGAAAAGCAGCUGAAAGAUAUGGCUUGGCCAAGUCGACAAUUGGAUCUUACUCAAAACGACACCAUGCGUGUGGUUUGCUACCUCCUGUAAAUAUCAAACGACCACAACACGCAACUCAAAUCAUUCCUGCAGCAUUUGAGACGGAAUUAUCGGAAUACUUGAAGGAAUGUUCCCUCAUAAGCAACGGCUUAUGUAUAAAAGACACACUGGGCAUUACAUAUUCAUUCGCAGUUGCAAACCAGAUCAGCAUUCCGGAUAAUUGGAAGAAACAUAAAAGGGCGUCUAAAGAUUGGCUAUCCAAUUUUUUAAAACGAAACAAAUCCCUUUCUAUUCGAAAACCAGAAGCCACAAGCCAAGCGAGGGCUGCAGGUUGUAAUAAACCUGUCGUCAUGCAGUUUUUCGAUAAUUUGUCCGCACUCAUGGCAAAACAUCAUUUCAAGCCUAAUGAAAUAUGGAAUUUUGACGAAACUAAUGACACCACAGUUAACCAUCCUCCAAAAGUGAUUGCUGCAAGAGGAACGAAACAAGUGCAGCAGACAGUUUCAGUGGAACGGGGUGUAAAUGUCACAAUGCUUGCGUUCAUAAAUGCUGCCGGAGUCUCUGUUCCCCUUGUAUUUGUAUUCCCUAGAAAAAAAAAUUUCCCAACUAUGUUUGAAGAAGGGCCACUUGGCUGCCUGGGACUAGCACAUGAAUCUGGAUGGAUGACUAGCCAAAAUUUUCACGCCUUCGUGAAGUCAUGCAAGACAAGGCCGGUGUUGCUAAUCAUGGACAACCAUAGCAGCCAUCUGGACUUUCAAACUGUUAACUUCGCAAAUAAUAAUGGAAUCGUUCUCUUAACACUAAUGCAUUAUUUGAAACUUAACUUUCUUCUUUUGUACAAUCUAUUUCAGAGACUUCACGCUCGUGUUUAUGUUGCGCCUUUGAAGAAGGAUCUUGUAAUUCCACCAAAACUAUCAUUUUGCUGUGUAGAAUGCGAUGAUUGCGGUGAAAUGAUCGAUCCGCAUUUACAUGAUGGAACACAUGGACAAUUGUAGUGGCGAAAGAGGCCAGAGUAAUGUAUACGCUUUGGAAUCUGGUACUUCAUCCGCUACGUUACAUGGUAUUCAAUCGUAUUUGACACAUGGUACUCCAUCCACUUCAAGAUUUCGUGCCCAAUCUGCGUUGGCAUCCCGUUCUCCAACUGACUCGACAUCUCCCACACCGUCUUGUUCUACAUCUUGUUCAACAUCUCGUACAACAUCUCGUACAACAUCUCUUACAACAUCUGCUUCGGAAUCUUCUCCUUGGCAGACAUCCGAUCCCAAUGUUGAUGUAGAAAAAUGCGAGCUUUGUGGGGACCGUGUCGACUAUUUUCUGAUUUUGGAUCACAUAGAGUCAUGUAGCUCGUC